ACCGCUCUGCAGACUGGAAUAAGCACAACCGCAGAGCUGCCAGCACCAAGACCCGCUUUAAUGACAGGUGAACAGCGCAAGCACUGACCAGACAGUCCGCUAAACUUGCGCUUCUUUCACAGAGAGGUGUUUUGCGCGUUGGAUGCUGGAAGGCUCAUGAACUGCGCAUCUCUCGUCCAAGCAACUCCUACGUCGCCUGGCUAUUUCGAAGUCUGCUUUCAGAUCACCAUCUACCAGCACUUUUGCACGCCGAGCAACGCUCGGACACGGCGAAGAAAGCGAGCGUGGUCAAGCAGUUGAGCUACUUUUCCAAACGUAGCGCAGCGCACAAUGGCUGAGCCUGGCGCAGAAUGCAACAUCAAGGUGCUGUGCCGGUUUCGUCCCUUGAAUCAGUCAGAAAUUCUUCGCCGAGACAGAUUCCUCCCCGUUUUCCAGGGAGAUGACACUGUCAUCCUCGGGGGAAAGUCCUUUGUGUUUGACCGAGUCUUUCCAACCAACACCACACAAGAGCAGGUCUACAACAGCUGCGCCAAACAGAUUGUCAAAGAUGUGCUGGGUGGAUACAAUGGCACCAUCUUUGCAUAUGGACAAACGUCCUCAGGCAAAACACACACCAUGGAGGGGAAGCUCCAUGAUCCCAACAGCAUGGGCAUUAUUCCAAGGAUCGCUGAUGACAUCUUCAACCAUAUUUUUGCCAUGGAUGAAAACUUGGAGUUUCAUAUCAAAGUUUCUUACUUUGAAAUCUACAUGGAUAAAAUUCGAGACCUGCUAGAUGUGAGUAAGACCAACCUGUCAGUGCACGAAGAUAAGAACAGAGUGCCAUAUGUUAAGGGCUGCACGGAACGUUUUGUCUCCAGCCCAGAGGAAGUGAUGGAUGUGAUUGAUGAAGGGAAAGCUAACCGCCAUGUGGCAGUUACCAAUAUGAAUGAGCACAGCUCGAGGAGUCACAGCAUCUUCCUCAUCAACAUCAAACAAGAGCAUGUGGAGACUGAGCAGAAACUGAGUGGCAAACUGUACUUAGUGGACUUAGCUGGGAGUGAAAAGGUGAGUAAGACAGGUGCAGAGGGCUCUGUCUUGGAUGAGGCCAAAAACAUCAACAAGUCUCUGUCUGCACUGGGCAACGUCAUAUCAGCUCUGGCGGAGGGAACGAAGACCCACGUGCCGUACCGGGACAGUAAGAUGACAAGGAUCCUGCAGGACUCUUUGGGGGGAAAUUGCAGAACCACCAUGUUCAUCUGCUGCUCCCCUUCUUCCUUCAACGAGGCCGAGACCAAAUCUACGCUCAUGUUUGGACAACGAGCCAAGACCAUCAGAAACACAGCCUCUGUGAAUCUGGAGCUGACCGCGGAGCAGUGGAAGAGGAAAUAUGAGAAGGAGAAGGAGAAGAACAAGAGCCUGAAAGAGAGCAUCCAGAGACUGGAGGCUGAGCUUAAUCGCUGGCGUAAUGGAGAGGCGGUCCCUGAGGUGGAGCAAGGCGGUGUGUGUGGUGUGGAGUGUGAGCUCAAUGAAGAUGCUGCUUUAGAGGACAACACCAGAAACAGCAGCACUGCUCCCUCCUCCAUCCUCAGCACAGCUACAGAGGAGCAGAUACGCCAACUCUACAAACAGCUCGAUGACAAGGAUGAUGAGAUAAACUUGCAGAGUCAGCUGGUGGAGAAACUGAAGAAGCAGAUGCUAGAUCAGGAGGAGUUAUUGGCAUCGUCACGUGCGGACAGUGAUCGUGUGCAGUGUGAGCUGGAGCGACUGCAGUCCGAGAGCGAGAGCGCUAAGGCAGAAGUUAAGGAGGUCCUGCAGGCUCUGGAGGAACUGGCCCUCAGCUACGACCAGAAGAGUCAGGAAGUCCAGGACAAGAGCCUGCAGAACAAACUGCUCACAGAAGACCUCGCCCAGAAAAUGACCGAUCUGAUGUGCUUGGAGACAGAGUUCUCUCGGCUGCAGGAAGUAAGCGGUCAGCAGAGGAAACGCUUCACUGAGGUUCUAAACACUCUGCUGAAAGACCUGAGUGACUUCAGCUUCAUCCUGGGCAGCAAUGAUAUCAGACUGCCGCGUGAUCUCUCAGGUGUGUUGGAGGAGGAGUAUGCUGUGGUGUGUGUGUAUGUGAGUAAGGUGAAGUCAGAGCUGAAGUCAGUAGUGAAACGCUGCAGGCAGCUAGAGGGCUUUCAGACAGACUGCCACCGCAAAAUGGAGGAGACCGGAAGGGAGCUAUCGUCCUGCCACCUUCUGAUAUCACAGCAUGAAGCGAAGAUCCGCUCUCUGACUGAGUAUAUGCAAAACAUGGAGCUGAAGAAGAGGCAGCUGGAGGAGAACUAUGACUGUCUGAGUGAAGAGCUUGCAAGACUGCAAAAUUCAGAGAGCCUUCUAGACAACCAGCAAGACACUGAGGAGUCUGGCGAUAUGAAGCUGCGAGAAAACCAUUGCGAAUCACAGCACAAACAGCUCGGGCGCCUGCGUGAUGACAUCAACCACAAACAGAAGAUAAUCGAUGAGCUCACAGAUAAAAAUCAGCGGCUGGUCUUGGAACUGGAGCAAAUGCAUUCCGAAUUUGUUGGCCUGAAAAGCCGAGAGCAUGAGAAGAGUGUCCAGCUGGAGGAGCUCAAAUAUCUUAAUGAACGACAUGAGCAGGCCAAGCAGGACAUGAAGGGGCUAGAGGAGACUGUCGCCCGUGAGCUUCAGACCUUGCACAACUUGAGGAAGCUUUUUGUUCAAGACCUCACAACUCGAGUUAAACGAAGUGCAGAAAUGGAGCCUGAUGAUAGUGGGGGGUUUUCCACUCAAAAGCAGAAGAUUUCCUUUCUUGAGAACAACCUGGACCAGCUUACAAAAGUACACAAACAGCUUGUCCGUGAUAAUGCAGAUCUGCGCUGUGAGCUUCCUAAACUGGAAAAGCGUCUUCGUUCUACAGCUGAGCGAGUUCGGGCAUUGGAAGAUGCACUGAAGGAGGCAAAGGAGGGCGCCAUGAAGGACCGGCGCCGCUACCAGCAGGAGGUGGAGCGCAUCAAAGAAGUGAUGAGAGCCAGGCACCCCUUCCGUCGCCCUCACGCUGCACUGAUUGCCAAACCAGUUCGACCAGGUCACUACCCGGUCGGCCCUCCAGUCAAUCACAUGUUUGUUCGCAGCAGUGAUCCCUCCAUCACGUUUAGCAACGCACUGUUCCAGAGUGCUGCUCCACCUCCAUUUUCACCCACUGUAUCAACCCACAUGAAGACUAACAUAAGUCAUAAUAACAAAGCUCCAGAGGGAAGACACAGGACAGCCAAUGCCACAGAGUCUCUGGACUCCUCUCACAAGCUCAACAUAGCAAACGGGAAUGCCACAGACAUCAAUGACAACAGCGUGCCUCUCAGUAACUUCUCUGUGUGUAGCAGUGAUGGGCACUGCAACGACCCAGCUGACCAACUCCAACAAAAACAACAACACAUUAUCCAGCAGGAGCCUGCAGCCAGUUAAUCACCUAGGGCAGGUGGUACAUUGUGAAUCCUGUUCUGUAUAUGUGCAUGCUGCCUGUGAGAAAUCCUCAG